UCCACCCCCUCGUUCCACGACAAUGGCGGAUGCCCGCGCCGCCGCUCGCAAAGCGCGGAUAUUGGCGUCGCAAGAGAAGCGUCUCAAGUAUGUGUCUGGUCAAGCCGAAUCGCUAAAGAAGACUACUGAGGAAGAGCUCGAGGACAAGACUCUUGAUGGCAUGCUUGAGGAACUGCAUCCUGCAUCGAGUGCAAACACGAACGAAGUGAAGGAACUUGUCAUGCCCGCGAUUCGGGCAGAUCCCGCGCAACGUCGGCGGGACGCUGCGCUGAGAAAGAAACAGCACCAAGAAAAAGUUCAGGAACGUUUGAAUGGAACUCCCGAGACCACACCUGCCACCAGUUCUUCUGCGAACCCCACGACGGCGUCCUCAGAGAACGCACGUGCACAAGCUAUCCAAGAAUCCGUGGCACCAACCGCAGCUCCCCAACGUAAUGCUGCUGUCUCAUCUGCAGAACUGCUCAAGCUCACGAAGGCGAAGCAAGAUUUACUGUUCUUUCGGAUCGAACAAUGGACCGUGCUCUUCGUUCUUGUCAUGGCGGCGCUGUUCGUGGGGUUCAAUGUUGACAUUCAAUGCUUUGCCGUGGACCCUCGUCUCCAAGAGGUGGAUGACCUGUUGGCGCAAGGGUUUUCCUUGACAUCGAUCAAGCAGCAACUCGAGCGGGACAAUGCUGACUUGACUUUUCUCGAGAAGCGGUCGCUCGCUGAUGCGUCGACGCGGUUGCCCGAGAACACGAUUCCGUUCCUCCCGUCCUUCGUGUACAACAUGUUUGCCCCGGCAGUAGUGAACCCUCCGUUCCUUCUCGUCCCCAUCCUGGCGCGUUUGGUAUUCAAUGCCCUCUUCUUCGGUGCUCGCAGUGUCCUGGACGUCCCUUCAACCGGCGAUCACGAGAGCGAUGACUCUGGUUGGAUCAUCAAGAUGGCUUUGUCCAUGGUGCCCAUGCUCCGCGACGGAUACCGCAUGAUGAAGAAGACUGGAGACGACUUUUGCCUCUUCUUGAUGGUUCUCGGCGUCACGGUCUCCGUCCGCGUGGUGUGCGGAGGGGUUCUCGUGUAAUUCUGCUCGAAAUAUUGUUCCAUAUAAUUUGAUAGAGAGGAAACUAUUUCGACCAUAAAUUACUUUUCUAUCCCAGCCGACAGCGCAUGCGGGGGGCGGCUGGAACAAGUGAACGAAGAAGCUGCAGCAGGCACAGGAACAUGACCAUCGCAACUGCGCACAUGAACAAGGCAGUGUCAAUCGUGACUUCGAGCGCCACGAACAUGCCGACAAGGAUGCAACUUGCGGCGACAAAGACCAGGGUAGUUGAAACAGCCUUGGCAGCUGCGUUGUCGCGUUUGGCAGGUAAUGCAAGGGGUGGCACAGACGUGGACGAGGUUGGAGUGGUGGUGGCCGCAGAAUCGGGCAGGGGAAGCGUCUCUGUGCUUGCUCGUCGCCGCCGCACGGGCUUGGGUGGAACGAUGUCCGCUUUGUCUUGCAGGCGUCGGUUAAACAACUGUAAAUUGUACAUAAAGCACUUGUUGCACGUUCGAAUGGACUUGAUCUGGGCCUUCACCUUGAUGCGAUGCAUGGAGCACUGUCCGCACACAACGUCACCACACACGCGGCAGUGGUGCUUGCCAUAGAAGAGCAGUUUCUUGUUGCAGCAUGCACAGCCGGCGUCUUUGGCUUUUGGGGCGUAGUGGCUCUUGUCACACAGCUGGACAUCGUCCAU